AUGGGGUACAGCAAGUACAAGUCCAUGGGCGUCAGCGGCGGCGGCGACGGCGGCGGCCGCGGCGGACGAGGGGGCGGGCGCGGGGGCGGGCGGGGCGGCAAGUUCCGCAAGACGCUCAAUGGGAACUACAUCAAGCAGCAGGGCGAGGGCGGCGGCGGCGGCGACGACCAGCGCCCGCAG